AGGAAGGCGGAAGUGGCGCCGGGGGAGGAACCAGGCGCAUGGAGGGACUCUUAAAGGUCCCCUGGAAGCAGGCAGGGGGUCCCGGGGAGCCGGGGGCCGCCGCGCCCUGACCCUGGCACCGAUGGCCGACGGCCGGGAGGAGCCUUGGAGCGAGGAGAAGCAGGCGGCGGAGCAGGACCCCCCAGCCCCGCACCGCCCCGCGCCCGGCCCGGGCCACGGCAGGACCCUGCCGCUCGCCGAGGAUGCCGCAGCCAGGAAGAGACCUCGGCCGUGGCCGGGCACCCCCAGCCCCCCCGAGAACCCGCGGGUGCCAGGGGCUGCCGGCAGGAGCUGGGGGCCGCGGGCGGGCAGGGUGACGGGGCUGUAUGCCAGGCUGCUGCGGGAGCUGGAGGCGGAGGUGGCAGAGCUGCAGCGGGCGCUGGCGGCCCGGGACGAGGCUGCGCUGCAGCGGGAGCGCCGCAUCCGGCAGCUGGAGCUGGAGAACCGCCAGCUGCGGGGCCACGUCCGGAGCCUGGAGGAGGAGAACGAUCUGCUGUCCUCCGGCCAGGGGCGGGGGGCGCCUGCCGCCGCCACCGCCGCCACCGCCGCCGCCGCCACCGCCAGGACCCUGCUGGCUUCGGGCACCGGCUGCAUUGGUGUCAGUGACAGCAACAUCCAGUUCCUGAAGGGCCUCCUGGGGCUGCUGGAGGCUGACACCACAGCUCAGGUUGGGGGGCUCCAGCCCUUCUCUGCUGCCAGCCCCCCCGGGGAGCAGAGCUGUGCCCCAGCUGAUGUCCCCCGGAGUCCCCUGGCCUGGCAGCUGCGGGCAGGGCUGCCUGGUGGCUUCCCCUCCUGCCUGGGCACAGAGGAGGGGGCUGGCAGCCCGACCACGCUCACCGACAGCGCCUGCCUCUGGGAGGAGGGCGCCGGGGACAGGCUGCCCGAGGGCACCCCGCAGUGGGCAUCGCCCGUCGAGGAGAAUGGGAGGCCCAAGCUGGAGCUGGUGCCCAACUCGGGGGUCUACAUCACCCACCCGCAGCUGGACGACCUGGCCCAGGUGCCCACCGAGAAGCCCAAGCUGAUGACCAGGCGCCUGCUGGGCUACUUCUUCUCCCGGGAGACUCUCGCCCGCUCCUCGGCCGCGGGGCAGAGGACUGCCCACAACAACCCCAGCAUGGAGCGGCCUCAGCCCCUGCCCCUGCCAGUGCUCACUGCCAUCAAAGAGUAUGUCACCAAGAUGUGUGGCCGUGGCUGCAACUUCAACGCCGUCAUCAACAGCAAGUGUGGCACCUCCCGCAGGGCAGUCAAGAAGAGGGUGGUGAAGAUGGACUGAGCUGAGCCCCAGGGCAUGCCCACGGCCCUUGGGCCAUCUACUGGAGACAAGCCCCGAGCCUGGAGCCCCUCCAGGGGCUGGGAGAGGGCACAAGGAGGGCCCCAGCAGGGCUGGCAGGACCACCCCAGAGAGCAGCUGCAGCAGCGCCCAGAGCCACCUGCCCUGCGGGUGCUGGCAGGGACAGGACAGCAGCAGGGCACUGAUGCCAGUGCCCCGAGGUCAGUGUGGUGCCAGGGGCAGAGCUGCUCCCUCACACACAUCCAUGGAGUCACACAGCAUGGCAGGGGCUUGCAAAGGACCCUCUGGAGCACAUCCAUGCCAAGUCCCCUGCCAGGGCAGAGUCACCUAGAGAAGGGCACUCAGGAGCACAGCCAGGUGGGGCUGGAAGCUCUCCAGAGAUGGAGACUCCAGAACCUCUCUGGGCAGCCUGCUCCAGGGCUCAGCACCCUUCAGUUCCAGAAGCUCCUCAUGUUCCACUCUGUGCCCAUUGCCCCUUGUCCUGGCACUGGGCACCACUGACAGCAGCCUGGCCCCAUCCUGCUGCCACCCACCCUUGAAGGAUUGCUCAGCACUGCUCAGCCCCCCUCAGGCUGCUCUUCUUUAGGCUCCACAGCCCCAACUCAGCCUCUCCUCCUCACAGAGCUGCUCCAGGUGCCCUCAGCAUCUCUGCAGCCCUUUGCUGUGCCCUCUCCAGCAAGUCCCUGCCCCUCUUCAACUGGGCAGCCCAGAACUGGUCCCAGUGCCCCAGAUGUGGCCUCAGCAGGGCUGAGCAGAAGGGCAGCAGAACCUCCCUCAGCCUGCUGGAUGCACCCCAAGGCUCCUUUGACCUCCUUGGGCAUGAGGGCACAUUGCUGGCUCCUGGGCAUCCUGUGCUUGGCCACCACACAUCCCAGCAAGGUAGUGGGCAAAAGAUGAUGGACACCUUGUGCCCAUUGCCCCUUGGCACUGGGCACCACUGACAGCAGCCUGGCCCCAUCCUGCUGCCACCCACCCUUGAACAACUGCUCAGCACUGCUCAGACCCCCCCCACCAGGCUGCUCUUCUCCAGCCUCAGCAGCCCCAACUCAGCCUCUCCUCCUCACAGAGCUGCUCCAGUCCAUCACCACAGCCCCCAGCAGCUCAGGUGUGUCACCUGUGGGGGCCUCUUUGCUCCCCCCAAACAAGGAGCAUGGCCCAGGGCUCUUUUCCUCUCGUUCCCAGCAAUUUGGGGCUAUUUGGAUUCCUGUCCACAAACUGUUUAGUGCCCAGGGUGGGCUUAGGUUGAAGGUUGGACCCCAAUCAUCUUAGAGGCUUCUUCCAAUUGCUGCUACCCAGGAAGGACUUGGAACUGUUGGAGCAGGUCCAGAGGAGGCCAUGAAGAUGAUCAGAGGGCUGAAGAACCUCCCUGUGGGCACAGGGGGUGCAGCCUGGAGAAGGCUCCAGGGAGACCUUGGAGCAGCCUGAAGGGGGCUGCAGGAGAGCUGGGGAGAGACUUCUGACAAGGGCUGAUCGUGCCAGGAGGAGGGAGACCGAGUGCAGAGCAGGCUGAGAUUGGAUGUGAGGAACAAGUUCCGCACCAGGAGGCUGCUGCAGCACUGCCACAGCUUGCCCAGGGAGGUUGUUGAGGCCUCAGCCCUGGGAGGUACUCAAGGUGAGGCUCAACAAGGCUCUGAGCAACCUGCUCUAGUGGAAGAUGUCCCUGCAGGGGAGGAGGUUAGACUGGAUGAGCUUUGGAGAUCCCUUUCAACCCAAACCAUUCCAGGAUUCUAUCAGUUCCCAUCUUCCACCCUACCACCAACCCCUCCCCACAGCUUCCAGCUGCACAUCUCAGCACCACAACUGGAAAGGACCUUUUGGUGGCAGCUCCUGCCCUGGAUUUGCCUCUGGCAACCGAAUUGCUUUUAAACAUGGACAAGCUCUCAGCUGCCUCCACCAUCAGGGCCAAAACAGUUCCAGAGCAGCAAAAGAAUGACCAAAAAACACCCAAACGACCCAAAAUCCAUCAAGGGAAGCAAAAUAAACUUUGGAGGGGGGGGGGAGGGGGAGGUUAAGGACUAAA